AAAAUGGCUACAGCUCUUGAGAAGAUAAGUAACCAUCUUGUGUGUGGCAUAUGUCAGGAGAAAUACAAGCGGCCCAAGGUGCUGGACUGCCAACACAGUUUUUGCGAGACAUGUCUGGAGAAAUACUACACUAGCAGGCAUGCAGGUCAGCCUAAAAUUCCUUGCCCUGUAUGUCGGCGGGAGACAGAACUUUCAGAGACACGCAUCCAAGGCCUGAAAACAAAUUUCCAUUUGAUGGGAAUAGUUGAGGAGGUCUCACUCCAAGAAAAGGUGGCUCGUUCAGUGGAACAAAUAUCAUCAGAUCAGUCUAAUUGCCAGAAACACAAGGACAAAGUGAAAUGGUUAUACUGUGAGACAUGUGAAGAGUUAAUCUGCCGAGCUUGUACUGUAGUAGACCACUGUAGACCAAAACAUCACUACAUUGAGUCCGGAGAGGCUUCUCUCAAAUACAAACAGUCACUAAAAGAUAAGUUACCGGAUAUCACCACAGACAUCAAAAGACUUGAACAAUGUUUGGCCAAUUUAUCACAAGCUAAGCAGAAGUUUACACAGAACGUCACAAAGACUGUGAAAACUGUGCAAGAUAAAGCGGAUCAAAUGAGAGCUGAGAUAACAACUCAAGAAACAAAGAUGAUUGAAGAAAUCAAACAACUCCAGCAGGAUCGCAACAGAACAUAUGAUGAGCAUCAGUCAACACUGACAAUGAUGCUUGAAAGUAAACAACAUUCCUUCAGUACAGCUCAGGAUGUCAUAAACACUGCAUCAGACACUGAUUUGCUUUCCCUCUAUCCUAUCAUCAGCAAAGACUUGAAAUCACUCAAGGGUCAAAAUCCUCCCCAGAUUGAUCCCAAGCUUUCAUAUCUGAGCUUCACCCCAGGUCAGAGGAUUGGUGACAUCAAUCUGGGCAAGCUUGAGGUGGAAGCAGUCAAGUGGAAGAUGUGUCGUACGUUUUGUAAAGCUAAAAAGGGACCUCGUUCAGUAAAAGAGUUCCAUGGGACUCUAGAUAUUACUGCUACUCAACCUGGUGAGAUUGCUGUGGCAGAUUCUUGGAACGACCGAGUGGUCAUCUGCAGCAAUGAGGGACAACGCAAGGGAACCAUUCCCCUAAAAUCAAAUCCACUGGCAGUUGCAGCCAUCCACAAUCCUGAGCAACGCUUACAUGUGUUGGAAGCUGGAAGCAAGUAUGUCAAGGUGUUCAACAUGAAGGACAACACUCUUGUAAAGCAGUUCCCAACAGUACCCAAGCAUCAGGUAAACAAGACAGAAAUGGACCUACAGAGUCUAGCCGUAAAAAAUAGUACAUGUACAAUCGUAGUGGGUGAUAUCAAGAGAAUGGUGUGGACUGAACACAAACCCACUGAUGGUGAGAUCCUACACACAAUACCAGUGCAGACUCCACCUUACUACCUGGCUGUUGAUGACGACACCGAUAGAGUUGUGGUAAGUGGAUGGGACACAAAGAAAGUGGACAUAGCAGAUAGCAAAGGUAGAACAAAUGCCACCAUCCAGCCAACCAUUAAUGGUAAGCCAGUGGAGUACUGCCUUGGUGUAUGCUGUGACAGCUCAGGCAUCUACCUUGCAGUGCGCCAAGUUGUGCCUGGCACUGGUCAUAUUCACCACUAUGACCUAGAUGGCAGGUUUCUUGAUUGCCUGGCUCAGGGUCUGUAUGCCCCACGUGGAAUCACAUUCACAUCAAAUGGGCAGCUGGCAGUGACUGACUGGAAUUCAAUCAAGAUGUAUCACAAGGUGUGAUGUCAUCCAACAUGACAUUGACUAGCAAUCAUCAUCAUCCCAAUAGCAAAUGUUGAGGAUGAAAUUGUCCAGUCAUUACAGCACCAAUCAACAUUCAUGUCCCACUCAUAUCACAUCUCUCCUCAAAAAUCCAAACUGCCAGAUCCCUCUGAUGUGAACCAUUUUACCAUACAAAUUCUUAAAUAAACUGUGCAUCAAUUACAUUUUGUUACUAUACAAAGUCUCAAUAAACAGUGUAUUGACUACAGUUACACUUGACUUGAUUGGGAUAAUUUGUUUUAAUCGUACAUGUACAAUGGCUCGAACCUGAAUUAAAUGGUAAAUUUGAAAGGAGAGGGGAGUUUAGUGGGUGUUGAGGUGUUUGAAUGUAAUGACCCCCGCCUCCUCAACCCAACACCCCUCCCUCACCCAGUACAUGGAUUGCCAUAAAUCUAUCCAACACUUACCAACU